CACUUCAGUAGUAAGCCGUCACAUAGGAGACGCCAUAAAGCCGUCACUGGCGUCUAGCUUCUGUGUCUCUUACCAUUUCACGCUCAUCGAAUACAUUCCGGCCAGGAAGAGCUUUAGGCGUUACGAGCUUGUGCAGAAGUUACCUGUUGGUCUGAUCACAUGCCUACUGUCCAUAAAAAUGUUUUUUAGCAACGCGGCGUAGCACUCACUAUGUGUUGAGCACCUUCGCAAGGGAAGCCGAGUUUCGAGUCUACGCGAAGGACUAAAAGGCAUCUGCGAGGCGCCCUAUAAGAAGCCCUAGGAGUAUUUAUUCCUGUCGUGUUUUUCUGCAGUCGUUUCUCGUCUGUGCCAAGUACGAUGUCCUCCAGCGCCGUAUCGCGUAUAACGAACGCAGUCAGUAGCGGAGCAUGUCGUUGCCGUCUGAAUAAGCCCGCACCCCAGGUAGCUUCGCCGAAGCUUGCGACGCGUCUCCCGCUGAGAAACGCGGGGCGCAGAGUGACCAUUACGGCCGCGUUUCCAUCUAUUUUCGAGUCGACCCAAAAGUCGUCGUUUCUUCACUCCAGUGCCUCGCCUCGCCUCGACUCGAGUUGCUUAUCGCAUUUAACGGAGCAGGCGAAAGCGGAGCAUUCUAAGCCAAUAGAAGCACUCCACGUGCGCAGCGAAGAAUCGGCCGCGAAUCCCGCGUCUGCGCCGACGCUGAUCCCCCGAUGGAUUUCGGGACGCUCCAACGUCGCACGGUCUAGCGACGCGCAAGCAAGCGACAAGAAAGCGACCGCAAGCGACGUUGAUCGGCGACACACGGCGACGACCCGUGUCGCAGAGGGCGAGAAGCACGGUGCCUCCGGAUCAGCCUUCAGCGCGCCUUGUGCGACGUGUGGCAGUCGCACGGGCGCGUCGCAUCUUGUCGCAUCGGUGUCUUCGGCUCCCCAACCAACCGGCCUCCUCCACGUGUCGCCGCGCGACGUCCCUGUGCUGAGCCUCGGCUUCGUCGCUUGCUCGGUAUGCGAGCCGCCUGAUUCUGAUUUGAGGCGCCUCAUUUAUAGACUCCUGUUUCUGCGUCUCCCUUCACCGCUUCUAAACCAUGUCCUUGUAUCCUCCCCUCUCGCGCCCUCUGCCCGCCCGUUAUACUCACGGUUCGUUUGCGUAAACCCCGUCCGACCGUCGGAUUCUCGCUUCUUUUGCAGAUCUCCGCGGCGCUCUCCGGAAUGAUCUUCGCCGCCAUCCCCGCGCUGCUGGUACGUCCUGGUGCACCCGUCGCUAUCCCCGCGCUCCCGCCGCUGGUCGCCACACGUGCGCCCUCCUUCCGAACCAUGCAAUGCCACAGGCCGUGCGGAGGGCAGCGCAGGUGGCGGAGCGGAUGGCCGCUGAGAGACUGCCGGCAGUGACAGCCGUGCGGAGGGCGGCCCAGGCGGUGGAAAGGCUGGCGGCGACGGCGAGGGAGGAGCUGCCGGGGACCAUGGCGGCGGUGAGGCUGUCAGGCAUGGAGAUCAGCGACCUCACCAUGGAGCUCAGCGACCUCAGCCAUGAGAUCUCCCAGGGAGUGCGCAGCCCUGCCCGUGCCUCCCGCCUUUCCACGAGCACCAGUGCCGCCAAGGCGAAGGAGCAGCAUGCUGCUGACGCCCUCAGGGACGCAACGGUCAUCCCCAUCCGCGUGGUCAGCCCGCUCUUCUCAACAGCUGCUGGUGUUGUCGGCGCAGCCGCCUCCACAGUAACGUCUACUGUGGGCUCUACGGUGUCCCAUGUGGGCGGCACGGUGGGGGCGGCGGCAUCUCAUGUGGGCGGCACAGUGGGGGCAGCGGCAUCACACGUGGGCGGCGCGGCGUCUCAUAUUCCAUCGGUGGUGUUCAAUCUCGUGGAUUUCCUGCCGUGGGGGCAGCGGAGAGGUGAUGGUGAGGGAGGGGAAGGGGGGGGCAGGGUGGAGGGGAAGGGAGCGGAGAUUCAGCAAACAUCCAUUCUGCUGCUGCUGCUGCUAGUGCUGCUGCUGCUGCUCCCCCUGCUGCUAGUGCUGCUGGUACUGCCACUCCUGCUGCUGCUACUCCCUCAACCGAAGCAGCAGCUGGUGGUGGUGCUGGUGCUGCUGCUGCUGCUGCUUCCAGUGCUCCUGCGGCACGCGCUGCGAGUGCAGGACCACGCUCUACCACCGAAUCCCAAACCCAUUCUACGAGUGGGACUGAAACCAUGCCGGGUGCACAUGGGAGGAUGCGUGAGACGACUGAUGCCGCUCAGUCAGCUCAGCUGGCUCAGUCGGCUCACAAGCCCCACAAGACUCCAGGUGCAGGGGAGGGGAGCCACGUGGUAGCGCCGGAGGAGCACUUUGAGUUGUCGUCGCUGCCGUCGUUCGUGGGGUGGCUGCAGCAGCGCAAGGACAAGGAGAAGCAACCCCCCAGGGGCAGUGCGACCGAGAGGACCAAGCACAGGGUUCAAGAGCCGGGGUCGUAAUGGGGGCAUGGCGGAAGGAUUGAGGUAAUAACCAGUUACCUAUUGACGUAUGGUUAAGAUCAGCGCCAACCAGCUGGUUACUUGGAUUUAGGGUCAUGCCGUUGGGGCGAUUCUAGGUUCUGUAGACCAGCAUGCAUGGGUUAUGAAUAUAAAUUGUUCAUUUUACUCUGGCAUUCGGGUUGGGGUCGUUUGAAGCUACGUCUGCAUUGCGUUGCAUUGAAUUAUGGAUCUUCUGAAGUGUGCGUACUUGGUACAG